UUUUCAUUCACAGCAGCAGUAUUCAUACAACACAGUUAUAGUGUGUUAGCCUCAGUAAAUAAUGCUAUAAUGAUUGUUGAUGCCUUUAAAAUGACUUCACGGACACGAACGGUGGUUCGAGCGUAUUUUAUUUUGGCGGGUCAGGCCGGAGGUGGGAGCGCGUUUCUGUGCGGCUGUCCUUCGCUCGUAUUUCAUCUGCGGGGAGAGAAGGCACUCUUCAGACUGGAGGAAGGAGGCUCUGGUGGAAACUCAAAGGACAUGCGGCGUCUUUUGCAAACUUUUCUGCAAACCAGGCUUUCUCCGAGCUGAAGAAGAAGAAGCCGAAGGGUGAGGAAUGAACUGAAGAGGAAGAAGAAGGAGAGAGAAGAGGAGGGGGGAGAAGAGCCGUUCACUCCCAUUGAUCCUUUUAUCGAGGUAUUGAUUCAGGCCUGGCUUUGAAAUAACACAGCAGAGAGCUCCUGCUGUAAGGAUGCAGGCUGCCCCUGCUGCUGCAGCUGCGGCUCUGACUGUGCUGAGUGUUUUGCUCACCCUCGACUGCCUGUCGGCUCAUCGGCCCCCGAACAACCAGAUACAGCAGCAGACUGACGAGACGGCGCAGAAGAAGAAGAACCAGCCGCACAUCGUAUUCAUCCUCACCGAUGAUCAGGGUUUCAAUGAUAUCGGUUACCACAACCCGACCAUCAAGACUCCCACUCUGGACAAACUGGCAGCAGAAGGCGUAAAAUUGGAAAACUACUACGUUCAGCCGAUCUGCACGCCGUCACGCAGCCAGCUCAUUACUGGCAGAUAUCAGAUCCACACGGGAUUACAGCACUCCAUUAUCAGACCCAGACAGCCCAGCUGUCUGCCCUCGCACAUGGACACUCUGCCUGAGAGGCUUCGCGAGGCCGGCUACGCCACACAUAUGGUUGGCAAGUGGCACCUGGGUUUCUACAGGAAAGCAUGUCUGCCCACCAGAAAAGGUUUUGACACUUUCUUUGGUUCGUUAACUGGAAGUGUGGACUACUACAGUUAUGAAUCGUGUGACGGCAAGGACUUGUGUGGCUACGAUCUCCAUGACGAUGAGGGCGUAGCGUGGGGCCAGGAGGGGAAAUACUCGACCACGCUCUUCACACAGAGAGCUCGCAAGAUCCUGGAGAGUCAUGACCCUGCAGAGAGGCCGCUCUUCCUGCUGCUGUCCUUCCAGGCAGUCCACACUCCUCUAAAUCCUCCAGAGUCCUACAUCUACCCCUUCCGGGACAUGGUCAACGUCGCCAGGAGAAACUUUGCCGGCAUGGUUUCCACGGUGGACGAAGCGGUCCGAAACGUGACCUACGCCCUCAGAAAGUACGGAUACUACCGAAACAGCGUCAUCAUCUACUCCACCGACAACGGUGCUCAGCCUUUCACGGGCGGGAACAACUGGCCGCUGCGGGGUCGUAAGGGUACAUAUUGGGAGGGUGGAGUCCGCGGCGUGGGGUUCGUACACAGCCCUCUGCUCAGGCGCAGGAGGCGAGUCUCUAAAGCUCUCAUGCACAUCACCGACUGGUUCCCUACACUGGUGGGCCUGGCCGGAGGAAACAUCAGCCAGAGCCAGGGACUGGACGGUUUUGAUGUUUGGCCCGCCAUCAGUGAAGGGAGGGAGUCGCCCCGUAAGGAGAUCCUUCACAACAUCGACCCUCUGCACAAAUCUCCAGUUGAAAAGAAGAACCAGGACGGGGAAAACUCGGUGAAAACUUCAAAAACCAAAGUUUUAAAGAAGGUGAAGAAAAAGAAGAAGGUUCUGAAGAAGCCACCAAAACAAAAGUUAGCCUUCAAAACAAAGACCACCAAGAAACCUCAAACAUUUUCCCAUCAUGCCUCUAAGCCUAAAUCUAAGCCCCUCUUCAAAAGGAAGCUCAAGCCUCGUCUAAAAUCAAAGCCCCCACCUAAAGCUAAGAAGACCAAAGCCCACACUUGGGACCGGCCUCUGCCCAAUCACAGACCGCAUCCAAAGAUCGGUGGCACUUCGUCAGGGUCUGGAACAUCCCGUCCUAAAUCUCAGCCUCCAAUCCAAACCCGUUUGAAAACAAAAUUCAGGAGGACCACGUCCCAGAACCAGAACCAGAACUUGCCACAGUCAAGCCGGCCAAAAUCCAAGAUGCUCAAACUACAUUCAAAGUCAAAGUCCAAGCGGACAUUAUUCCCAUACCAGAACAAAUCCCAACCUGGAAUACCACUGACCAAAUCCCAUCCAACCCUCCAGUUCGGGCUGGAGUCACUACAGCCGGUGUGGGACACUUCAGUCCAGGCGGCCAUCAGAGUUGGAGAUUGGAAGCUGCUGACAGGUGAUCCAGGCCACGGAGAUUGGGUCCCCCCACAGAUGCUUCCCACCUCUCUACCCGGUCGCUGGUGGAACCUUGAACGCUCGAUACUUUACCAGAAAUCCUCCGUCCACAAAAACAUCUGGCUGUUCAACAUCACUGGCGACCCGUACGAGCGGCACGACCUGGCAGACCAGAGGCCAGAUGUAGUCCAGCAGCUGCUGGCCCGGCUCGCCUACUACAACCAAACAGCCGUACCGGUUUACUUUCCACCCGACGACCCCCGAGCCAACCCGAGCCAGCACAGGGGAGCGUGGGUACCAUGGGUGGAGGAGGAGGAGGACGAAGAGGCAAAAUAUCAGGGGGUUUACAAAAAAAGUAACAACAAGAUGAAGAAGAAGAAGAAGAAGAAGUGCAUGCUGUGCAAUCUGCAGUCGUUCUUUUUGAAGAUGAGCGAGGGGACCGUGUCCAGUCGCAUCUGAGGUGUCAGCUGAAAUUAGCAUCAAAGACUUUCAAAUUUAUAAAUCUUGUUUUUUAUUUUCAUGUUUUCACUUUAAAAUAUUCAAGUUCUGUUAUUGUGAAUAACUUCUCUUUCAGAGAUAUGUGACCUUUAUUUGUUCGUACAUGCAGCUUAUUCAGCGUCAAACAUGUGAUCUGAUGUUUCCAGCUGGACCGUCCAGAAACAUAAGGCUCUUUCCACCGAGAUUUAAAGGGUUAGUCCACUCAAAUCACAAAAACACAUUACUUAUGUUGCCUGCAGACAUCUGAAAUCAUACCACUAGGAUCAUGAAAGGAAAUCUUUGUCGUGAUUUGAGUGAACUGGCCAUUCAUCAUUAGCAUGCUACCUAAAGGUGGUUCUAACCCCUGAUCUCUGAGUCGGUGAACGCUGGUUUGUUGUCUGUUUGUUGUUUUACAGAUUUGUCAACUGAAAUCUGACAGAGGUCCUCAUACGAGGCCCGACACCGAGUGGCAAUGAGAUGUGUUUUGACACUGUAAUGUAGUAGAUCAAUUACAUCAAGAGACUUAGAGUAAAUAUAUAGAUUUACAGGUUUCAGUGUACGUUUACACCCUUCAUUCACUCCACUCAGCCAAAUCAGGGUUUUAAAGGGACACUUCACCCAAAAGUCAAAUUCAUACAUUCAGUGAGUAAAACUUUGCAUAACUUGCCUGUCUGGGCGUUUGCCAAGGCUUAGAGUUGGCGUGGCUGUUUUGACUGACAGACGUGCCAACAUGUGCUGCUGUCUGCGAGGCUAAUUAGAGUCGCUGAACUGGACCUCGAGACUAUAUUUGUGCUUUUAGAGCGUUUUUAAAGCAAUUAUCUGAUAAUAAUCUACUGAGUGGUCUCGGCUGUCCAACAAAAGUUUGUGCUUCAGUUUCUGUUUGUAAAACUUGCAUUUUAUUUGCCUUUUACUCAUAUGUGCAUCGUUGAGUUGGAGCCACACUGUUUAUGGAUGCAGCGUCUCUUCUUCACACUACGCAGAGCAGAAGAGGAGGGGCAGGAUGUUAGAUAGAAGAACGGCACAGAGAAUCUCGUUAAUUUCCCCACCCAAAAAAAUCCCGUACAGACUAGACGCUGCCUCUGAAAAGCUCCUGUAUUCAAACCCGUACAAAGAGUAACACAUGAAACUCACCCGGUGUUUGCCUGGGGUAAUGAUACUGUAGCUAGCUGCAUGCUUGCUUUGCUUGGUACACUAAGUUCAUUUGGGGUGAAUUGUUCCUUUAAACAAAUGUUUACAUAUUACAGUGGAAGUGUGUAAUCAUGACACAAUGUCAGAAAGUUUUAUUGUGUAAUUUUAAUAUACUUUCACAUUUUUUGUGACACAUCCUCGUGACUUUGAUGGUUUUGUCUCACUUGGGCUUUGUCUGUAUUGCUGUGGCUGAAACCGGCCUCUGCCUACUGUGGUCAGUUUCAGUGUACUGCCACUGGCAAGCUUUUCACUAUGAUUUUAAAGCAUUUCACAGCACCUUUAAGUUACUACUGUGAAUAUCAGAAACCUCUUACUUCACAGGAUUACACAGGACCAACGCAUGUCACUGACAAUAUCAGUAAACCAAACUGUCUGAUUUUAAUUUUCUUUAAGGAACAAUUGGUACCAGAAAAAAAUGAAUUUAAUUUAAUUCUAAAACAUCUGCUCUGCUCCCCCUGACACCAAUCUAAUGAUCUUUCCAGUGCAGUGAAAGCUUGCACUGUUUGAGCUUACACCAGCUCCCACCUGAUUAUGGUUUCUUCCACUAAUGUGAAACUUCAGAUUUUUAUUCAUCUUUUUUGGAAACGCAGCAGAGGAAGUAAAACGUGUUACAGCGGCCUGUUUUGAAGUCGGAUGCUGGUUACUUGAGAGAGAGAGAGACACCUAACCUCGAAAUAUUUCUGUGUAUUUGCUCAAAAACGAACAAACCACGACUGCGGCUGAUCUGCAACAGUGUGCAUCAGUGUGAGCGAGGGGCAGAGCGUUCCCGAGAAACAUUUUAAAUGCACGUUGGAUUUCUCCACCCUGGGUAAAUAAAGGUGAAGUCAAAUGAACCUUUGUCCUUCUAUGUUUACUGGAAACAACGGUGAGGGUAUGUAUGUUCUCAUAAAAUUUUUUUGUUGUUGUUGUUGUUGUUGUUGUUACAGAGGGGGUUUUUUUUGUUGUUCUUUAGGGCAAGUAAGCCACCCGUGUUCAUCAGGAAAACUCUUCAUUUGAAAUGCAGGCUAUUAAAAUGAUUCAAAUUUGA